AUGGAUGAAUGCCAUUUGACUGACUUGGGAUUUUCGGGACCCAAAUUCACUUGGACCAAUGGCCGUCAUGGCCUAGCGAAUAUUAAAGAAAGACUUGAUAGAGCUCUCUGUAAUGACCAGUGGCAUACCCUCUUUCCUGAAGCUUGGGUCCAACAUCUUCCCAGAGUUAAUUCUGAUCACUAUCCACUUCUUAUUUCACUUCUUGGGGUUGUCCCUCACCCCUUGAGACGUCCGUUUCAAAUGGUGGCUGUGUGGUUAACCCACCUUACAUUUGAAACCCUUGUGCAGCAAUCGUGGAACUUUAGUAAGAAAGACUUGUCACUUACAAUUGAACGGUUCGUGGCUGCAGCUACUACUUGGAACAUGGAGGUGUUUGGGAAUAUUUUUUGGAAUAAAAAGCGUGUGUUAGCAAGACUGCAUGGUAUUCAAAAAGCUUUGAGUUUGGCUUCCAAUCCUUUCCUUGAAGAUCUUGAAUCUCACCUCAUCGUUGAGUAUAAUCAGCUAUUGUAG